UGUUUUUUUUAAUGGCUGCAAGUUCUUUAACCCUCAUUCCAUGAAAGGUCUGAUCUGUAUUCUCUACCUUUGAGUCUGGAUGGGCUUUGUGACAGCUCUGACCAAUAGAAUAUGACAGAGGUGACACCAUGUCAGUUUCAGAUCCAGGACUUAAGAAACUGACAACUUCUACUUUCUGUCUCUUGACAUUCUUGGUCUGAGAGAAGCUAACCAUCAUGUAUGCAGUCUGACUACCUUGAGAUCAUCAAAUUGUCAGGAAUUCCCAGCUUUCCUAUGGAGAGCAAGAUGCCCAACCAGGGUAUAACUGUUCUUACCAUCCAAGUCCAGGCACUAGAACAUGAGACUUUGAUGAAUUCACUGAAGAUAAUAACGACACUAUGCUGAAGAACAUAGCAGAGGACCUUCGGAAUUGCUUACCUCUAGAAACCAUGCUUUCCUCAGAACAUCUAGCCCUCCAAAAAAUACGGCAGCAGCCAGAACCCACAGUUCACGUUGAUGCAUUCCUUUAUGAUGAAGACUUUAUUGAUUCAUUAUGUGAGGAAGGAAAAAUGAGCAGAAACUACUGCAUGGUGUGUGGCUCACACCAGACGGCUCCUUUAGGAUUUAUUUCUCAUUCCUUCUCCCUCAUGGAAUUGAAGUUCAUUUAUCAUCAUGUACUCCCUGAUCUGUCGGGAAAGGUCUUGGUUGACGUUGGCUCCAGGCUCGGCACAGUCCUUUAUGGGGGUUAUCUUUACAGUUCAGCCCUGCAACUAUAUGGAGUAGAAUUGAAUGGAGACUUUUGCCAGUUGCAGGAAAUGGUCAUAAAAAAAUACCAGUUCACUGACAGAAUAAAGGUGCUUCAUGCGGACAUCUGUACCCAGGGUUCACUUCUGCAAAAUGCUGAUGUUAUUAUCAUGAAUAAUGUCUUCGAAUAUUUUCUUGAUGAGGCAGAACAGGCCAGAGCCUGGGAAUAUAUCAGCCAUAAUGUACGGAAACAAGGAUCAUUAUUAGUAACAGUACCAAGUCUUGAAGAUUCUCUGUCAGGCCUUCAGAUUAAUACACAGUUAUCUUCCUGGGUUGAAGAGGUACCACUGAACUACAGUGUAUACCCAGAAAACCAUAUUGGCAGAGAAACUCUUGAACAAAUUCAUUUGUAUAAGAUUCUCUAACGUCAAAAUAGUCCUACCUCAAUGUAGUGGUUUGUUGAGUAUAUCACAAAUUAAUAAAAAAGAAACCUCUCCCUGAUACUCUAACACAUAUUUCUAUAUAUUCCUUUCUAGAUUUUACAUGUAUGUUUACAUAUUUGUAAAUAGUCUUAUGGGUAUAUAUACACACACAUAG